AUAGCAGGCCUUUGCCGGCGGUGGGCGGGUGAAGCCUCUGCGUGUUCCGCUGUAGCGGAACCACACGGAUGGAGGGUCUGUGAAUGCGCGGCGCUUGGGACGUUCUGCCGGGACACGCUGAGGCCCAACCGGCGUCGGUAGCUAACGAAUAAGAGAAGCACAGAAGUUCCGCCUGUGCAUGUGUGAGGACAUUCAAACAGGUGUCCUUAUUAGUCCUCCGUCCCCCAUAAUGUCUCUGCCCCCCCUACAGGGCCCACUGACCCCAGCGGCUGCGACCUUUACACCCUCCGGGCGGCAUGCGGGGUCCGGGUGAGCGCUGAGUCCCCCGACGGGCCAAACGCGCGGAGGAGUGCGGGGACCGAACCGGCGGAGGACCGGAGGGACAGACCCGACCGCCGGUCCCGCGCGCGGAGCCGCCUCCGCCCCGAUGCUAUGAGACACCGGCACGCGCCACCAUGAAGGAGAAGUCGAAGAACGCGGCGCGGACCCGGCGGGAGAAGGAGAACAGCGAGUUCUACGAGCUGGCCAAGCUGCUGCCGCUGCCGUCCGCCAUCACCUCGCAGCUGGACAAAGCGUCCAUCAUCCGGCUGACCACCAGCUACCUGAAGAUGCGGGUUGUCUUCCCCGAAGGCCUUGGGGAGUCCUGGGGUCAUGUGAGCCGCAGCUCUUUGGACGGAGUCCACCAGGAGCUCGGGGCCCAUCUCCUGCAGACGUUAGAUGGCUUCAUCUUUGUUGUCGCUCCGGAUGGAAAAAUCAUGUACAUCUCAGAAACGGCAUCGGUCCACUUGGGGCUGUCGCAGGUGGAGCUGACCGGAAACAGCAUUUAUGAAUACAUCCAUCCAUCCGACCACGACGAGAUGACCGCCGUGCUCACGGCUCACCAGCCGUACCACUCACACUUUGUGCACGAGUAUGAGAUGGAACGCUCCUUCUUCCUGAGGAUGAAAUGUGUCCUUGCUAAAAGAAAUGCUGGUCUCACUUGUGGAGGCUACAAGGUGAUCCACUGCAGUGGCUACCUGAAGAUCCGUCAGUACAGCCUGGACAUGUCCCCGUUUGACGGCUGCUACCAGAACGUGGGGCUGGUGGCCGUCGGACACUCGCUGCCGCCCAGCGCGGUCACGGAGAUCAAACUGCACAGCAACAUGUUCAUGUUCAGAGCCAGCCUGGACAUGAAGCUCAUCUUCCUCGACUCCCGGGUUGCAGAGCUGACAGGCUACGAGCCUCAGGAUCUCAUCGAGAAGACUCUCUAUCAUCAUGUCCACAGCUGUGACUCCUUCCAUCUGAGAUGUGCUCAUCACUUGUUGCUGGUCAAAGGUCAGGUCACCACAAAGUACUACCGCUUCCUGGCCAAGCAGGGCGGCUGGGUCUGGGUUCAGAGCUAUGCAACGAUUGUCCACAACAGCCGCUCAUCGCGGCCUCACUGCAUCGUCAGUGUCAACUACGUCCUCACGGAGACAGAGUAUAAAGGCCUGCAGCUCUCUCUGGACCAGGCCACGUCCAAGGCCUCCUUCCCCUACAGCAGCACCACCGCCAGCCUGACGGAGAACAGCAGGACUCCCAAGAGCAGAGUCUCCCGGCCCAAGACCAAAGCUAGGCUCUCGCCAUACAUUCAGUAUCCUAGUUUCCAGACAGAGCGCUCGGAAUCAGACCAGGACAGUCCGUGGGGCAGCAGCCCGCUGACAGACUCCGCCUCCCCUCAGCUGCUGGAGCCGAGCGAGGGCCCCGAUGCCUCCUGUGUGUACAGGCAGUUCCCCGACCCCCGCUCGCUCUGCUACAGCCUGUCUGAAGAGCACCGUCACGGCGAUGGCUACACACACCUGCACGCACACGGUCAGGCCCUGACCUGCGAGCGAAGCCGGUGUGAGGCGGGCCGAUAUUUCCUAGGAGCUCCUCCCCCCGGCAGGGACACGUGGAGGGGCACCGCUCGGUCAGUCCUGCCGCCGAGCAAGAGCUCUGAGGGAUGUGACAUCGGCACCAUCCACAGCUACAACGGCCGGGGCCACUGGGACGAGGACAGCGCGCUCAGCUCUCCUGAUGGAGGCUCGGCCAGCGACUCGGGGGAUCGCUACCAGGCGGACCACUAUCGCUGUAGCCCGCAGGAACCCAGCAAGAUCGAGACUCUGAUCCGGGCCACGCAGCAGAUGAUCAAGGAAGAAGAAAGUCGAUUUCAGCUGCGCAAAGGCCCUCCGGGGGCCCCGCUGGGGCCGGCCAACGGGCUGCCCAAGGGCCCCGGACCAUGCUUCGCUCCUGAAUACACUCAAGGGCCACUGCAGACUGUAGUGUGUCGAGGUUUGAGUCAGGGAAUCAGUCUGGCUUCUGGUCCCGCCCCCCCGUGCAGGCUCAGCAGUCCAGGUCCUGAUCGCCUCCACAAGUCGAAGGACUACCUCCAGGCAGACCUCCAGGCAGACCUGUCCCCCCUUUCUCUUCCAUUGCACCACCCGUUUGGGCGGUCCGGUCCGUGCUCGGCUUCCCCCAUCUUGGACCCAGCCCUUUACCCGCCCCACACCUACCUGGACAAGCACAAAGCCUACUCCCUGACAGGAUACGCUCUGGAGAACCUCUGUGACCCAGAGAGCCUCCGGGGCUACUGCUCCUCCGCCGGCAUGGGCCCCACCCACUACGACGGGACCCCUCACCUCCGCAUGCCGGCAGAGCAGACCGCCGGACAUAAAGGCCCCUCGGUCAUCAUCAGCAACGGCAGCUAACACCCAACACACAACGCCGAGCCGGCUGAUUCUGGAUGCCGUUUCGCCUGUUUUUUCAUCAAAGAGAAUCGCCGCCUCACUGCAGAGCUAAACCGUAGCUGCAACUUCCCCCCAAAAUGUUGCUCAUAUGUCAAUUUGUGAAGAGGGCAAAGGAAUGUAGGAGUAUGUUUCUCCAAACGGGUGCUGUGCUAGAAUUCUGGGGAGCACAACAAGGUCCCAUAGUCAGAGCAGUGCCUUUAGUUCUGGUAAGUAAGGUCAUUGUAUGGUGGAAACAUUGUGUUACUUUCAGUGUUUCCUUCCAUCGCCGCACCAGUCAAACGCACCGGACACACUUUCUAAUUGAACUGAAUGAGAAAAUGUGUCCAAACGUUUCCCUGUUCAGGUUCAUAUUUGUAAUAUUAACUUUUGUUAUUUAGUGUCAGAUUACAGCAGAAGUCAUUUAAGUCCUAUAGAACAGGUCUAUACUUUUGUUUUAUAUGACAUCUAUCUUUAGUCAUUUCUCUCCUUACAUGGUCAAGUGUUUACAAUAGUGCAUCGUUUUUCAAAAAAGGGCCGACCCAAUCCUAAAGGGUAAGGUGAUCCCAACAGGAAAGAUAUAUUUUAUUAUGACAUUGUUAGUAGGAGGGGGCUUUGUCACAUUAACUUACGCAUGUGUAGUUCGGGGGCUCUGCCUGAAACAACUGAUGCUGAAGUUACGGGGACUCCAAAAUAUACAUAAAAACAGCUCUAUACUUGAUCCGCUUCCAGUUUCUCCUUGACUGAUGUCGCUGCUGUACUAGUACUGUAACACUGUACUGUGCACUAAAGCACUAUAAAAGUCACCCUUUUCUCUUUAAAAGGGGGGAAGACAUUUCUUUGGCCAAUCAGUACAAUGAAAAAAAACAGUAAAAACAGGGCUUGUCCUCUCACAUCCGCCCCAGUGUGAGUGUGUAACCUUUUGCACUAUGAAAGAUGAAGAGUUGUCCCUGUUGGAGGAGGAGAGAUGAAGAGGUGGACUAUGGUUCACAGAGCACAGGUUGGCCUUGUGCUCUUUAAACUGCACAGACUAAUAUGCAAAGCCAUUCACUGGAUCUUUCAUUUCUCUCAACUGUUGGUGUCUUGCGGGAAAGUCAAUGCCGUAAAGAAAGAGGCAGACCUGUGAUGACAAGCAGGCACGCGAUAAUUCUCAUUGUACAGGUGGGAAGUCUGCUGCUUUAAUAUCGGAUACAGUAUUUGAUUGGCAGGACGAACCACCUGAUUCUCAUUCUCAUUCUGCUGCGUUCUCAUAAUCUACCAGAAAGCUGAGUAUCAUUUGAGGACAUUUCAUCAUUUAUGAGACACGUUCUGUUCCCACGACGAUAUCUAAAUGACUGCAGGAAGACAAAUAGACCAUAUGCAAUUCAACCCAUUGCAAUGCAGGUGAGGCAGCUUCAUCCUGAAGCAACUGUUAAUUAUUGUUACGUGGGCAUGUUUUCUCCUCCUCAGUCAUCAGAUGAACCUAUAUUUAUACACGUUUGGAUUGAUCUUUUUUCAUUUUGUCAAAGCUUGCAAUGUGCUCUGUCCCCUAAAGUUAUUUAUGGUGUUCUGUAAAUAUAAUGAGAAACUCCCGACACAUUUAAGCACAUGGACAAAAAAUGUAUUUAUUGACUAAAUGUUUCUUUAUGAUUUUUGAAAUAUAGCUGCAAUCAAAUCCAGUUUGCUUGUGUGUUGAGUGUGUUUUUGACUGAAGCCAAUAUUCAGAGGACAAAAUAAAAUCAUUUUGCAGGGA